AACCCCGCGCUCCCGCCCACUUUCGCGGAUCAAGUUUGAAUGAAGCGCAGCAGCCUCGCUCUGGAGGUGCCAGGGAGCUUUUUUAGCGCUAAUUAUUCCAAGUGUGUGUCAAAGGGGCGCCCUGAUCCAGGAUGGAGAUGAAGAAGAGAAUCCUUCUAGAACUGCGGAACCGCACACCGAAAGACGUGAAAAAACUUGUGCUGGAUUAUUGUCUCUCCAAUGAAGGCAAAAUCGAAGGUCUAACGGAUGAAUUUGAGGAGCUGGAAUUGCUGAGCACAAUCAGGGUUGGAUUGACGACAGUGGCCCACUUUCCCAAGCUCAAAAAACUCAAGAAGCUUGAACUCAGCGAAAAUAUGAUCUCCGGAGGGUUGGAAGUGUUGGCAGAGAAAUGCCCCAAUCUCACACAUCUUAACCUCAGUGCCAACAAGAUAAAAGACAUCAGCUCCAUUGAACCAUUGAAGGAACUGAGGACCCUGAAAAGCCUCGACUUCUGGAACUGUGAAGUAACAAACCUGAGCGACUACAGAGAAAGUGUUUUCAAGCUGAUACCACAUCUCAUGUAUUUGGACGGAUACGACAAAAACGACAAAGAGGCACCGGAUUCGGACACCGAGUUUUACUCCGAAGGCUGGGAAUAUGAUGACGAAGAUGAGGAUGAGUUAGACGAGGAGGACUGUGAUGAAGAUGGCGCAACGGAAGAUGAGGAAGACGACGAAGAAGAUGAUGACGAGGAGAAUGAAGAGGAGGGCCUUAGCGGAGAGGAGGAAGAGAAGAAGGUGGAUGUCAAUAACCAAGAUGACGACGAUGAGGACGAGGACGACGACGAAGAUGAGGAGGAGGACGAGCGGGGUCAGAAGAGAAAAAGGGAACUGGAUGAAGAAGGAGAAGAAGACGAACCCGAUGAUGACGAUUGA